AUGGCAGACGAGGAGAGCAGCUCGACGUCCGAGGACAGUCUGGACUUGACAAGUGAUAAAUUUCAACCGAUGAAAGCGUUGUACUCGACCAAGAUGAAGCUUUCGUCCGUGAAAGCACCGAUCUACGACAAUGUUUCCAAGUUCGAAGCCGUUAUGUCGGGUCUGUCGGGAGUAAAGAAAAAGAAAAAUAAGACGAUCGAGGCCGGCCAGGGGGACCAUUCGAGGCAACGAUUCUUACCUAGUCAAGCGGCCGUGUCCAGAACGAGGAGGAUAGGAGGACGCACGGGGGACAUAGAGGGAAGGAACGUCCUCUCGAAAAUGCAAAAGACUCUCGGCCCGUUAGGAGUGCUUCACGAAUGCAUGCAAAGCCGGACCCGCGUCAAGGUCUACACCAGGAACGCGUACGGCAUAAGGGGACACGUGGAGGCAUACGUGGCCGCCUUCGACAGGCACUGGAACCUCGCGCUCGAGGACUGCUUCGAGGUUUGGACCCGUAAAGCCAAGAGGAAAGCGCCUGCACUCGGUCCGCCGAGCGUGACACGAACCGAGGAGGAGGACUCUGUGCCCAAAGUGGUUGUGACGAAGAUCGAGAGAAAGAGGGAGACCUUGGAGAGACACGUGCCGCAGCUGCUGCUGAGGGGAGAACAGGUCGCUAUAAUCGUCAAAAUCAAUUGACUCGGUGAAUACGUCCCGACGACGGACGGGGAACGGACGUCGCGAUCCGUCGAGGCUGUCGGCGAACGGCACCGACAUCUUGUUAUUUUUACUCCUCAACUCUGCCUAGGAUUUUUGUACGCUCGCAGAUAAAUAAAGAUA